AUUAAUUACUUCAGUAAAUUUAAUUUUAUAUUCAAGACAACAUGGAACUUCAAUUGGACCGGAACGUCAAACUUCGAGAUCUUAACGAGCAUAUAACCUGCUUCGUAUGUGGCGGAUACCUUAUAGAAGCAACAACCAUCGUAGACUGCUUACAUACUUUCUGUAAAAGCUGUCUCAUCAAACGAUUACUCAGCAAAAAUUAUGAUUGCCCGAAAUGCGGAAAUCAAAUUCAUCAUAGCCAUCCGCUACAAUAUAUUGGUUACGACAGAACACUUCAAGAUGUCGUCAACAAAUUAGUUCCGAGCUUACAGCGUCUUGAAACAGCAAGGGAGGAAAAAUUUUAUCAUGAGCGCGGAUUGGACUGCCCUCGAAAAGAUGUUGUCGCUAUCAAAACGGAAAAUUUAACUUCACCAGAAGAUCGAGGAAAAUCUCAAAACUACCAUCGUCAUGACGAACAAAUUCAAAUCUCUCUCGUCCGUGGGAGUGACAAAUUAAAAACAUUGGAAAAACCAUUUAUGAUUUGUUCUGUAAACGCUACGAUUAAAAUUUUGAAAAAAUUUGUUGCAAAAAAUAUCGGAAUUACGAGCGAACUUGAUAUUUUAUGCAAUGAGGAAAUACUUGGACGAGAUCACUCGUUAAAAUUUGUUCUCGUCACUCGAUGGCGCUCAAAAGCACAGCCUUUGUUACUAGAAUACAGACCUAGAGUGACUUUGCUAUGAAACACAGCCAUUUAAUAUAUCUGUCAUAUCUUUAGUUCCAAUUUGAUCUCUCCUUUUUACAUGAGUAAUCAUUGAACUGUGACUGGUCAGAAUAAUCUCUACUUAAUCGCCAACAGCGUAUUCUGUCAUUCCAUGCUUAUUUGAUUCUUGAGAUGGCUCCUGGGGAAAGCUUAUGGUUAUCCUCUGACUCCUGAUCAUUUUUUUCCAUACUUUACCACGGUGAAAUUCUAAGAGUAUUUCAUGAUUUGACGCCCAAAUAUUGAAUGAAUAUAUUUGGUUUGCCUCAAUGAAUAACAAAUUGUAUAAUUGAACGCAUGAGGGGUUAUGGGUCAAGAUGGGCAUAUCUCAUAUACCCUGCAAUCCUGCAUAUAAGAUGAGUUUACAACUCAAAAAAAAGUUGCCAAACUAAGUGGUUGGCUUAUACUAGCAUAACUCAGAUUUUCUUCCGCAACCAGCGUGUUCUGAUUUGUAGUUUCGGCUUAUAUGCGAGAUGUGCGACACUUUUAAUUGAAACACGAUUGUGCGAUGUACCUCUUGACAAAUAUGAACACUGCCAAAAUAAUUCAACAAAUUCAAAUGAACAACACGAAGAACGCAUUCGGGAUAAUGAUAACCAGUUUUGGUUCUCCGCAUUUCCUUUCCCCAGUAAAAAGUGUGCUGAUUUUAUUAAUUUUUUUUCUCAAUUUUGUAUGUUAUUAAA